AUGAAAGAUGAUCGAAGGGGAGUGGGCAACCUCGCCCUGAUGCUUGCGGCAAGUCUGACCCUUGUUCUUGUUGCCGUUGUUCUCCCAUGCCAAGCCCAGAAGCUGAAUGGCUACAACAUCGAUGCGAACGACCUCAGCGUGGUGGGCAUCUCGUCUGGCGGAGCCAUGGCGGUACAAAUGCACGUGGCCUUCUCGCGUACGGUCAAGGGCGCUGGCAUCAUCGCCGGAGUGCCCUACUGGUGUACGUGGAUCGAGCUCUCCAUCCACUCUAUGGAUGGCACGACGUAUGCGUACGACAUGGGAUCCAUCGACAACCCUAAGUACCUGCAGAACUCGCGUGUGUGGCUCUUCUCGGGCCAAAAGGACACUGUUGUCGACACUGGUGUGGUCAAAAAGGCCAAGAUGUACUACGAGUACUACAUCACCAACGCCUCGAGCGUGGCCAUGGUGACAAACAUUUCGUCCGAACACGCCUGGAUCACGAACAACUACGGGAACGCGUGCGACUACCUGGGUGACCCCUACAUCAACAAUUGCAACUUCGAUGCGAGUGGCGCCAUGCUUCGCCACUUCUAUCCUCAAUCGCUCGUUAAUCCUCGCGCUGCCGCCCUCGCCACCAAUAUCUUCGCGUUCAGCCAGCAGUACUACACCCCGGCGCCGCCUGCCUCGAUCUCUAUGGGCCAAACGGGCUACGUCUACGUGGCGACCGCCUGUCAGCAAGGCGCUCUAUGUAAGCUGGUCGUGGCGUUCCACGGUUGCGAAAUGAGUAUCCCCGACAUCAAGAACGCCUACUACGUCCACUCGGGCCUCAACGAGUGGGCCGAAGCCAACAACAUGGUCGUGCUCUACCCGCAAGCGAUCAAGUCAUCGGACUUGCCCUACAAUCCAAAGGGCUGCUGGGACUGGUGGGGCUACACGGGAGAGGACUACGCCACGCAGGCCGGCCUGCAGAUGGCGACCAUCAAAAACAUGAUCAACGCUCUAGCACGCACCCAGUAG